GCGGAGUUUGUUGUUGGCGGAAAAACUAUAAUGCAAACUCUUAAGUCUGUCUUUUGUCAAGUAUUUUAAUCAUUCAAGCUGUUUUUUUCUACACUUGUGGUUUCACGGCUAUAGCACAUGUUUGGUAGCUUUAUGUCGCUUUCAUGAAACGCUCAUUCGAGAAACAUUUGUACCAACAGACCGUCCAAAACAAUGGAGUUAUCUCCUCCCUGCAAAGAUGGUAUCAGCACAGACGGUUGUAUCAUGAAAUCGGAUGGAGGCCAGAAGAAAAGCAAAAUUUCAAAGGAUGUUGAGGUUGACGUAGAGUAUCUCUACAAAGCUGUUCCUCAACUCGCAAAGAUUUUCCGCAUCAUAGACAAAAUUGGAGAAGGAACCUUCAGCUCUGUGUACCUGGGUGAGGCCCAGAUGCAUGAUGGGACGAGAGAGAAAUUUGCACUGAAGCACCUCAUACCGACCAGCCAUCCAACACGUAUUGCUGCUGAACUACAAUGUCUCACUGUUGCAGGAGGCAGAGAAAAUGUGAUGGGAGUGACAUACUGCUUCAGGAAGGAGGACCAAGUGGUGAUCGUCAUGCCCUAUAUGGAGCAUCAAGCUAUAGUGGACAUCAUUAGCUCUCUAAGUUUCAAAGAGGUCCGUCUGUACAUCUACAAUCUGCUGAAGGCCCUGAGACACAUCCACCAUUUUGGUAUCAUUCACCGUGACAUCAAGCCAAACAAUUUCCUUUACAACAGAAAACGCAAAAUGUAUGCCCUGGUGGACUUCGGCCUGGCUCAGGGAACCGCUGACACUCAGAUUGAACUGCUGAAGGUGGUGAAGCAGAAAGCGUCACAGAAGGGUGGUGGGUCCACGGGGAAACAAGACCCCACACAGCGGAGUAAAGCACCAUCCAGACUCCCCACGAACACCACCACAGCCUCCACAUCUGUACCUCCUCCUUCACUGCAAACAGCGGCUCUGCCUCCACCAUCCUCCACCACCACAUCCGCUUCCACCGCAAGGAAAACACUUGUUAAAAAAGCACGAGUUGUCACCUCCUCUGUCACCACCUCCACCUCUCGCACAAAGCACCCAAAGGAUUUGUCACGACUACACAAAGUGUCACGGCCUGUGUUUGGAGAGAGGAAUCUCAACAGCUGCACUCCAACUCCCUCCACCACCAAACAAGCAGCCAUUAAAGCAGAAUUGAUGAAGUCUGGUAAAACAGAUGAUCCAGCCAGUCGGAGGUACACCUCGACCAGCCGGGGGCCACUUCCUGUCAGGACUCAGGGAACCAGUCAGAAACCUCAGAGGGCCGUUCACCAGAGCCUCACCUGUAACUGCUACCGGACUGACCGAGUCUGCAACAUCUGCAUGGCAAGGAAGCAGCAGUUUGCUCCCAGAGCUGGAACCCCCGGCUUCAGAGCACCAGAAGUCCUGACCAAGUGUCCCAACCAGGGAACCGCUAUAGACGUGUGGUCGGCCGGUGUGAUUCUGCUGUCGCUGCUCAGCGGUCGUUAUCCAUUCUUCAAGGCCAGCGAUGACCUGAUCGCUCUGGCUCAGAUCAUGACCAUACGUGGAUCUGAAGAAACCAUCCAGGCUGCCAAGACGUUUGGUAAGGCGGUGGUGUGCAGUCGGGAGCUGCCACGACAGGACCUCAGGACGCUCUGUGAGACUCUGAGAAGACGAAGACCUUCACCUGACGAUGAAGUCACACCGCUGACCAAAGCCGACAGAGACUCCACCGCAACCACUAAUCACCACAAGUUCCAAGAAGACACGCCCACACACUGGCCCACUGACUCAGAACAGCAGCAGGAACAAAACACCUCCACCGUCACACAACCCGCCUCAGACACACACAGCAGGGUGAAGGAGGACCACCGGGGCUGGGACACAGUUCCAGACGAGGCCUACGACCUGCUGGACCGACUGCUGGACCUGAACCCGGGCACCAGGAUCACAGCCGCCGAGGCCCUGAAGCACCCGCUAUUCAAAGACCUGUGACCCGGACCCAGACCUCCACUGUGAGAAAACCUUCAGUAAAUACUUUGUAUAUUUUAAUACCUUUCAAGUCUUAAAUACAGACGAUAAGAACAGGUUUUUAAAAGGGCUUCAUUUGUGUCCUGUUGACCAAGAUAAUAUUGACUUAAACUGACCAAGCUGUGGCGUCAGAGGGUAAACAGUUAAAACCAGAUGUUUACCUGCUGGUGAAAUUCCACUGACCUCCAUUGUGAUGAUGCCAAAAGAGCUCCACUUCAGGCUAUGGAUGCAUCUGGAAUGACGCCUAAAAGAUUUUGUUUCGAUAAGUAAAAUGUGUUAACAGGCAGAUUUUCUACCCGUUAACAUGAUGCAUUUUAUUAAAUUAUAGGGAUGAACCUAUUGCAAAAUGAUAGCCAAUGCUAAUACAAAUGUUUUACUUUAUAUUUUGUUUUUAUUUAUCCCUCCUUAACAAAGAAAUCUUCAUUAUAAAUAUAAAAAUAGUUAAAAUGUUCAUGUCUUUUAGCCCUUCAUUGCAUUAUCUUUGAAUGAGCACAGACACAAACAUACAGAUUUCUGGAAAAACAUUUAAUACAACACAACAGAUAAAUAUCUUCCACUGCCAUUGAUGUAUAGACAUCGUUUAUACUGAUGUCUGCUCAAUAUAUUGGUGCAUCCCCGGCAUAUUAGAUCCCUGUCUCAGCCAAUGCAACCUCCAUUCUUGUCUAAUACGGGGUUAAAAAGGAGGUUUGAGACACUUUGAGGCUUGGCUGUUCUCAGUAAUUUACACAUUUGCGAAUAUUGCUGAUGAAACGGAUUCAACCGCCCAUGAACAUGUGCAGGCGCUGAUUUAAUUCAAGACACAUUGUUUUGUUGUGAUAACAUGAUGCCAAAAUGUCUCAAGGCAAAGACGGUGUUAAAACACAAAUCCUUGCUGAGGUUACUUGUGCAGUUGUUCCACAGAAAUUCACUGGAGUUUUUAAUUCCACGUCUUGUGAUGGAUCUUUUUAACCUGAACUUUUUGGGGAUUUGUCAGUAUGUUGUAUGAAUGUGAAGAAUGCAAUUUAUUUUGAAGUUGUGUGAUUUGUACAUGUAUAUUUGAUGUGAAUAAUCCUGUUUGAGCUGUUAUUUAUAUGGCUGAAAUACAGCAUCUGCCUCAGUCUUUUAAUAAAAUAAAUAAAGGCAGUGACUGGAUGGAAGAGGAACUGGAGCCAGUUUUAAGUCUUUUU